AUGUUAGGAAUACAGGAAGGAAGGGCAUUUUUUAAUGCCUCGAGAAACCCAAACAGUAGACCAGAAAAUAAUAUCCGAAUCGAAGAGAAUCUUCCAAGUCUUAAUGAAGUAUAUAAUUAUUUCCAAGAUUUCCUAUCUAGGUACUCAUCAAAUACAUUAAAGGAAGGAAAUUUAAAGAGAACGUUAUUUGAAAAUGUAAAAAAUAAUAAUUUCACGCUAGAUUUAAAAUUAGACGAUAUAUACAAACAACAAACAGUGUUUGAAAAUAACGAAAUAAGUGCCACACCGAUAUCGGAGAGAAAAAUGAAAAAACCAGAAAAUUACUCAGCUAUUUUAGCAAGAGCUUUGUCAGAAAGACCAUUAACCUACUUACCAACUGUUGAAAGAGUAUGUUAUGAAGUAUGUGAAACGGCUAAUAUAUUAACUGAUGAAGAUGAACAUUUAAAUUAUAUACAAAUUAAUUUAUUGAAUACAUUCAUCAGACCAACAGCGAUAAGAGGAUUGUUAGCAGCUACUCAAGAAAGAUUUGUUGUUGUUCCUGGAAUUAUAGUUCAAGCUAGUAAACCUCAACAUAAGAUGAGAAAAAUUACAUUACAAUGUAGAUAUUGUGAUCAUAAGAUGUCAAUAGAUGUACCUUUAUGGAAAGAUAAACCUCAGUUACCACCUUAUUGUCGAUAUUCUUCUACUAUGAAAUCUUCCAUGGGAGUUGCAAAUCCUAUGGAUAAUCAGUUAGGUUGUAAUGGAGUGUUAGAACCAUAUGUUAUUUUACCGAAUGAAUGUACAUUUGUUGAUAUUCAAUCUUUGAAAAUGCAAGAAUUACCUGAAGCUGUCCCAACUGGAGAUAUGCCAAGACACUUACAAUUAAAUGCUACACGAUAUUUAUGUGAAAAAAUGAUUCCAGGAGAUCGAGUUUAUGUACAUGGUGUUCUGACAUCGUAUAACCCGAAUCCAAAACCGACAAGAGCAGAUGGGACAAACUUUUCCUACUUACAUGUAUUAGGAUUCCAAAAAUAUGAUGAUAUGACAGGCAAUGAUUUAAAUUUUGAUGUGGAGGAAAGAAAUGAAUUAACUUUGCUUGCUGCUGAACAUGAUAUACAUGAAAAAAUAUUUAAAUCCGUUGCACCUGAAUUAUAUGGAAUGGAUGAAGUAAAAAAGGCUUGUGCAUGUUUAUUAUUUGGAGGAACUAGAAAAAGAAUUGGGGAAGAAACGAAAAUUAGAGGAGAUAUUAACAUGUUGAUGCUUGGAGACCCUUCAGUAGCUAAAUCACAGAUUCUAAAAUUUGUAAAUAGAUGUGCACCUGUAUCAGUUUACACAUCUGGAAAAGGUAGUAGUGCAGCAGGAUUGACAGCAGCUGUUAUGAGAGAUAGUCAAGGUGUUUUUUCAUUAGAAGGUGGAGCUAUGGUUUUAGCAGAUGGUGGAGUUGUCUGCAUUGAUGAAUUUGAUAAAAUGAGAGAUGAUGAUGUUGUAGCUAUUCAUGAAGCUAUGGAACAGCAAACUAUAUCAAUUUCAAAAGCAGGUAUUACUACUAUGUUAAAUUCAAGAUGUUCUGUCAUUGCUGCAGCUAACCCUUCCUUCGGAUCAUAUGAUGAUUCACAAGAUACGACAGAUCAGCAUGAUUUCAAAACUACUAUUUUGUCUAGAUUUGAUAUAAUUUUUUUAUUACGCAAUAAACAAGAUAUUGAAAAGGACACUUUGCUAUGCAAUCAUAUUGUUGCUUUGCAUGCAUCAAAACAUAAAUCUCAGGAGGGAGAAAUACCUCUCUCGAAACUUACAAGAUUUAUUCAGUAUGCCAAGAAAGAAAUUGCACCUUUACUCUCUAAGGAAGCUAGAGAUUCUUUGAGAAAUUUUUAUGUUCAAACCAGAGCUGAGUAUCGUGGGGAUAGACGAUCGGUCACAAAGAAAAUCCCUAUCACUCUGCGUCAGCUUGAGUCAUUAAUUCGUUUGGCAGAAAGUUUUGCAAAGAUGGAAUUAUCUCAGUUUGCUACGGAGAAGCAUGUACAAAUGUCUAUAGAUCUCUUUUCGUCUUCCACUGCAGAAACAGCAAAGCAAUGUUUGAUCUUUGAAACAAUGUCCCCCUUGGAACAGAAGGCUGUGAAGCAAGCGGAAGAUGCCAUAUUGGGUCGACUAGGAAAGGGACAGAGAGCCUCACGGGUGAAUUUGUUUAGGGAAUUACAGUUACGAGGUUUUGAUCGUUCUGCUUUAUCAAAGGCUUUGGCUAUUCUCAUUAAGAAAGGAGAACUUCAGGAGAGAGGAGAUCGUUCUGUUAGGCGCUGUUAA